ACACCCUUAUACAAUAAACAUAAACAUUGCGAUCUGAAAAAAAUAGAUUUAUCCUUCCACAUUCACAACUUAGAAGAUACAAUAAAAAUGGAAAUUUUCAGUAAUCUUUGUAGAUCAUGUAAUAUAGAAAAAGAAAAACUAGUAAAUAUACACAACAGUAAACAGACAUCUAUAAUGGAAAUGUUGGAAUAUUGUUUACAAACAACUAUAAUAAAUGAACCGAAAUUUCCCCAAUUUAUUUGCUAUGACUGCAUUAAACAGUUAGAAAUUUCAUAUCGAUUUAUAAAAAGAUUUAAUUUGGCACAAAGGGAGUUUGAAGAAACAUACGAACGUCUACAGAAAAUUGGUACAAAAGCAAACAUUGAUAGUCCGAUAGAAGUUACUAUUGAGGAGACCCAUGGUGAGGAGCUUGAAGAAAAAUCUGUGCAUGUAGUAUCUGAAGAUUCAAUUAAAACUGCAGAUAAAUUAAUAAUUAAUUCAUCCGACAUUUACUUGCCGUUAAAAGAGACGAAACCAAUUCAGCAAUUAAGUGAUUUUAUAGCUUCAACAAGUUCACCGAAUACCGAGGUUCCAUCAGCACACGUUACAUCCCCCGCCAUAAUAUGUUCUCUUUGUAGUAAAUCAUUUUUCACAACAAAGGCUUUGCAUUUGCACUUAAAACUCAGCCACAAACAAAAAAUAGCUAAUACUUAAUGACAUCAACCAAGCAAUUAACAUUGUAUAAACUUUCGAUUUACAUUUCUUGAUUUUAAAUAAAGUUCACCAUAUUUUUUAAACACC